AUGACGGGUCUUGGAUCUCCAACACGUGCAGAUAGCGGGCCUGAAGCUGUCUGGACCGUUGGCGGGACUGUGGUGACAGAAGGCGUCGCAAGCACUACAAAUGGCAGAGGAGGUCGAGUGACCAGCGGAACCAGUGCACCACACUAUACAGUCGACUUCAUACGACGGAACACACCCAGCGAACAAGAAGCGCAACAUGGUCAGCGCUUGGCUGCCGCAAUGGAAGUCUCCACGAACGAUAGGAUGCUACCGCAUACCUCACCCAUUUCAAGUCCAUCUCGAAAUAGCUCUCAGCGAAGUCCAAUCAGCGAUGAUGGUACAAAGCGUACCUUUUGGAGCAAUAGCGCAUGGGAAAAGGACAUUAUGACAUCGCCCACCAAGAGCGUCAAGCCAAAAAUGAAGGACGUACCUGUGAUACCGUUCCGAGUCCUCGAUGCGCCUGCCCUACGAGAUGAUUACUACUGCUCCCUUCUGGCGUAUUCGCCCACGUUGCAAUGCCUCGCAGUGGGGCUGGGACCACACGUCUACCUAUGGUCGGAGCAUCGCGAUACUGCUCCCAUUCCAGAACCAUUGACAACUCCAUUUGAUGCACACGUCACAUCGCUCUCCUUCAGCUCGAACGAGGGCGGCAGCGCCAUCCUUGCGAUCGGGCGUGCGGACGGCAGGAUGAACCUGUGGAGUCCCAAAGACCCGGGCGACCCGCGUUUCGAUAUCAAACAACCUUCUCCCAUAUCUUGUGUGAGCUUUCGACCCACUACUGUAAAAAGAAGGUCGAUUCGCGAACCCUCGGAGAUCGUCCCGACUGAAGAGCUUCUCAUUGGAGAUGAAACGGGGAAUGUGUACAUGUACGCCAUUGAAUGGCCCUCUCAAGAUCGGCGAGAUCUAUUCGACUGGCACGGCAGCAUGACCAUGCUCGCCAAAUUCACCUGCCAUACGCAGCAGGUCUGCGGCAUUGCUUGGAGUCGCAGUGGCUGCACGUUCGCUACAGGCGGAAACGACAACGCCUUGUUCGUCUACGAUUCCAAGAAGCUCUUCACCAGGUGUAAAGACACUCCCGCCAGCAACGUCACUGUCCGCAAUGGCAAUGCAUCCGAGAGCGACUCCAUCGCCGGCCAGGGUGAGAUCCUCGCCAUCACGCCCGGCCGCGAAAGCAAGCUCUUCAACAUCAACGCCGCCUGCAAAGCCAUUGCCUUCGCACCCUGGCAGUCCAGCCUCAUCGCCGCUAGGGGUGGCAGCAAUGAUCGGUGCAUCCACUUCUACCACGCGCAGUCCGGCGCCACGCUCGCGACCAUAGAUUGUCUGGCGCAAGUCACCUCUCUGACCUGGAGCGAGACGAGGUCGGAGAUUGCGGCCACGUUUGGCUUCGCGCAGCCGGAACACCCCUUUCGCGUGGCGGUUUUCAGUUGGCCGAGUUGUCAGGAGAUUGUCAAGAUUCCUUGGAUUGGGGAGGAGAGGGCCUUGUAUGCGAUUGCUUAUCCGGGUGGACCCAGCGCGGGCCCGACGGACAAGAACAAAGGGAAGAGUGAGCUGGAGAUGGGGUAUGGGAGACGAACGCGGGAGGAGGGAUGUUUGGUGAUUGCAACGAGUGAUGCUUCGAUCAAGUUUCAUGAGAUCUGGCCCGAGGGAUCGAAGAAAUCGAAGCGGAUCAGUGGAGGAGGGCUGCUGGGUGGGUCGCAGAUUCUAGAGGAUGGUAUAUCGGAAGAGCUGGAGCGGAAGUCUGCAAUUCGAUGA